AUGGCAUUAAAUCAUCAAAGACAUUCUGAUAAAUGGUGGGAAACAGAGUACAGUGACAACAUACACUCAUAUUUACAGUACCAUGAAGUUAAAUGGAGGAUGGUAUAUGGAGCCAGAUCGCCACAAAUUCAUUUGCGACCCGUAUUGUUAAAAACCAUUAGAAGUAUAGCCAAGACAUGUGAAAUUUCAAAUGUAUGUGUUCAUUUGGCCGUCACCCUGAUGGAUUUAUUUAUGGAUAACCAUGAUCUAAAAUUUGAUACCAUCAUGCUAGUCUCUUUUGCAUGCUUGACAUUAGCUGCAAAAAUUGAAGAACAUUGCUUAAAUAUACCAAAGCUAAAAACCAUGCAAAACGUCAUUAGUAAAGAUGUAACAAACUCCCACUUUCGUAAAGUUGAGAUGAAAAUUUUAAUGUUUUUUGAGUUCAAUGUUGCAGUACCUACAGUUGCACAUUUCAUUGAAUUUUAUAAAAACCAUUUUUACUGUGAUAAUGAUUUUUAUCAUAAUGAAUAUGCAUGUAUUUUAAAAGAUAAAUUCAAUAAUAUGAUAAUUUCAUAUCAGGAUGCGUCGUUGGAAAGCAUAAAACUAAUAUCUUAUAAUCCAUCAAUGGUUGCAGCGAGUAUUAUUUUAACUACUAGGCACACAUUAGGAUUGGUGCCAUGUUGGACAGCACAAUUACGAAAAGUGACUGGAUACUUAAAAAAAGAUCUUGUGCAGUGUUGUUCUCUAUUAGGAAGAAAUGUAAUGCAGCACAGAAAGCUUGUGCCAGUAGAUGAAGGAUAUCUUAGUUCUUCUCCAGGUUUUCAAUCUCCAGUUAUCAUGGCAAGUAAAAAGAAAAGAAGUCACAUUGAUGUACCAAAUGUAAUUUUAUCAAAACGAACAGCAUUCUAA